AACAGACCUGCCACUGGCUUUUUCACUGCAUCAGAUUCCACUGUCACAGAUUUGCUCCUCUCCUCCCCAAUCAUGACAGACGUAGUCGUUUAGCAUCAUUUGCUUUCCCACCAAGUUUCUUGUACAACACUAUUCUUAUAAUACAGGGAGACACAGACUUACUUCUGUGAUAUACAAGGAGACAUGAGAAGUAUGAAGAUAGCAGUGGAGUGGCUCAGACCAUGUAUCGAGAACCUCGCAUGGGACUACUGCGUUGUAUGGAAAUUGGGUGAUGAACAUUCCCGGUUUAUUGAAUGGGUGGGUUGCUGUUGCAGUGGAGGCGCAAGGGUUAAGGUUGAAAGAGGAAAGCAAGAGUUGGUUGGUCUGUGCCGGGAUGAAAGGUAUCGGCAUAAUGUUAGGAGCAAGGCUUGUGAGGCUCUCGCUCAUUUUCCUCUGUCCAUGUCUCUGUAUUCUGGGAUCCACGGGGACGUGGUAAUAUCAAAACAACCUAGAUGGAUUAGCUAUGGCGGUUCCUCAGACUCGAAACCUUCGAAUGAAACAACAGGGACUCGGGUUCUGAUCCCUGUUCUUGGUGGUCUUAUUGAGCUCUUUGCUGCAAAGAAUACACCAAAAGAUGUGAAGAUUAUAGAGUUAAUUACAUCUCUUUAUGAUGCCUCCUCGGAACAAGAAAUGACUGCACAAAGCUACAUGACCCUUGGUGAAGAUCUUGAUCCACCAGCUGAAGCGAACUUACAGAACUUGCAACCUGUUCUCCGUUUGCCAACCUUAAUUCCCAAAACUCAAGUUCUUACCCAAGUAACCCAAUCUCACAUCUAUCCCAGCUUUGAUGGAUCAUCAAGCAGUUCCCAUCCUCCUAGUAAGCAGGGAUCCUUUGAUUCCAAUCCCUGUUAUGGCUCCCAAAAUGAGCCACUGAAAGAGUCCGUUGGCAAAUUUUUUGGAUUUAAAAGAUCCAGGAAUGGGGAUAUUUUGAUCAAGCAACAAGCUGGCGUGGCUUUGAAUUGCAACGUUAAGGUUGCCAGAGGUAAUUCAAAAGCUAUCCGGCAGCCAGGAAGUGAAACAUACCAAUCUAAGAAUCUUGUAACGGAGAGGAAUAGGAGAAACAGGAUCAAAGACGGGCUGUUUGCUUUACGUGCUAUAGUCCCCAAAAUAUCAAAGAUGGACAGAGCUGCUAUCAUUGGUGAUGCAAUUGAAUACAUAGGGGAGCUGCAGAAAGAAAUAAAGAGGCUCCAGGACGAGCUCAAGAAAAUUGAAGAUGAGGAGCACAAAUUGAAUAAUACAGACAUGAAGGUCACAAAGUCAGACAGGGUACAAGAGGACACUGAGCUUGCCUCUGAUCAGAUUCAGAGCUGUUCUGGUUCUUAUGAGAAAAGAAAUAGAAAUACUGAGAUGCAUGUGGAAGUGAACCGAAUUGGGGAAAGAGAGUUCUUGAUCAAGUUCCUCCAGGAGCAUAAGCGAGGUGGAUUUGGGAAACUGAUGGAUGCUCUACAGUCUUUAGACCUUUUUGUGGUUAAUGCCAAUAUCACCACUUAUGGAGGCAAUGUCCUCAAUAUCCUUCAGGUUGAGGCAAACAAAGACGGGAUUCAACCAAAGAAACUAAAAGAUUCUCUGAUCAAUAUAACAAGCUCCACAAAACCAAGUACGAAAUAAAAAUCCAACAGAGAACGAAGAAAUCAGAGGCUCAACCAAGGAAUCUGAAAGCUGCACUUACUCAACAAUGUCACUAAAUACAGUAGGUUAAUAUUUCCAAAUGCAAUGACAUAUGGUAUUUAACUAUUUGCUGGAAGCAUUAUAUAAGUGGGAAAUAGUUAACCAGAUGGUUUUAUCCCGUAUCUUAUUUCUGAGACUCUGAUUUGUAACUACUGAUGUAAUUGUAAGAUAACCUGGUUAUAUGUUAC